UUAAAAGUCACGAGUUGAUAUACAUAUCUAUUAUACGAACAACUUAAAGUGGUUAUUAAAAAUCUCAGAGUCAUCGAACUAAUUUAUAGUGAACAGCAUUCAAGUAAAUUUUACAAAAUGAUUAUUAGAUUUGGUUAUUUAAAUAAUUUAGUGGGCACUACGUUAGCUUCUUGUUUCCUAUCACUGAGUCUUGGAAAUUUGCUAAGUUGGAGUUCUCCAGUAAUUCCUAAGCUCGAAAACGUUACAUCUGACAAUCCAUUUGGAAAAGUUAUCACAUCAAGUCAAGAAUCGUGGUUGUCAUCUUUGGUCACCCUAGGCGCUGUAAUCGGAUGCUGGAUUUUUGGAGCCGUAUCAGAAGUUAUCGGACGAAAAAUAGUAUACAUUUCUCUUGGAGUGUUUAUAUCCUUAGGCUAUGUACUGAUGGCAGCAAUACAUAAACUCGAAGUAUAUUACGCAGCUAGAUUUUUGCAAGGUGUGGCUUUGGGUGGAGCGUUUAACUUAAUGUUAACGUAUCUAGGAGAAAUAACGAGCAAAGAAAACAGAGGAGUCGUUAUGACAGCAAGUGCUAUGAUGUCUAGUGCUGGAGCUAUCUUCUGCUACGCUAUCGGACCUUACGUAUCAGUAACAACUUUUAAUACAAUUGAGUUAACAUUCCCCAUAGCAUUUCUAGUUACCAGUUUGAUAUUUUGUGAAGAAUCGCCUUAUUUUUUUCUGUUGAAAAAUAAAGAGGAACUAGCGAAAAAGGUUUUAAAAAUUUAUAGAUGCUCUAAUUACGAUUUAGAAAAUGAUAUUAAAGAAAUGAAGGAGCAAAUAAGAAUACAAAAAGAAGGGAAUGUUAUGGACAUUUUUAAAACAAAGGGGUACAUAAAAGCGCUUAUUACGGGGAUUGGUUUGAUGAUUGGUCAGCAAUUUACUGGAAUCAAUGCAAUACUAAUGUAUAGCCAAAGUAUUUUUGCACUAACUGGUUCUAGCUUAUCACCAGAAAUUGGUUCAUUGAUUAUAGCGGUUAUACAACUAUUUAGUGGUGGACUUACUCCGUUUAUCUCGCAAAAAUUUGACAGAAAGUCUAUUUUGUUAAGUUCCGGAUUAGGAAUGAUAAUCUCCGAAGUAUCGUUAGGAAUUUACUGCAUUUUUAAAGAUGCCGGUAAAACUUCAGAUUCGAUAAAUUUUAUUCCAAUUCUAGCUCUUACAAUAUUCACAAUGAGUUAUAAUUUUGGUUUUGGCCCUUUGUGCUGGUUGGUACCAGGCGAAAUAAUGCCAGCAAGAGUUAAAAUAUUUACAAUUUCAGCUUUGAUAUCGAUUUAUUUUGGCAUUGGAUUUUUAAUUGCACAAUUUUUUAAUUCUGCUGUCGAUGCUGUUGGCAUUGGAAGCAUUUUUCUUUUCUUUGCAGGAUGUUGUUUCGUUUCUUGUUUGUUUAUUAAAUUUUUUGUGAUAGAAACUAGGGGAAAAUCUCUCGAGGAAAUUCAAGAUAUUUUGAAUGGAAAGACCAGUUCAAUCGGCUCAAAUGAUGGUAUCAAGUAAAUAAAUAAUGUUUUAUUUUGAUUCUUUGAUACUGAAUGCUUUUUUAUUAAAUGCGCCGAAAGAUCUGCAAUUUGUAUAAAAAAAUAUAUUAUAAGGAAAGUUUAAUUUUUAAAUACCUGAUGUUCUUAAUUGAUGGCCAACCAAGGACGGCUCCAGGGAGAGAGCAAUGGGGCUAUGUCCCCCCGAGAUUUUAAUUAUUACAAUCCAUGAGCCUUUUAUUAAACAAAUAUGCUAAAUAGGAAAUGUAAAACAAGUGAAACAUUAAUUUAUUAUUAUUAUAUAUUUUUAUUGCUUAAACUAAAAAAAAACUAAGUAUAAUCAAUAUUAAUAAAAUAUUGGCAGGCAACAGUAUUUACGGGAAAAUGUAUGAGAAGUUGCCUAAGUCUAAUAAGUUGUCUUUAAAGAAUUAAGCUAUUCUGUCAAAAUAAAAUAAUACCAUUAAAUAAUAGCGUCAAGUUAAAAUGUAUAAACAAACAUUUAAGAUUAAAGGGAUGUUGAAGAACAUUGUAAAAUGAUAAUUUAUUGUUUAUUUAAAACCUUUUAAGUUUCUGAUCUCUACUGCCAUUUCCAGUAUUACUGUUAUUACUACACAAAUAAAG